GCAGCCCAGAUAUAGGUCAGGCCUCUGCUGCCUUUUCCAUUUGCUUCAGGGCUCUGUUCUGAGGGGAGCUUCGUGAGGAGGAGAGGCAGGCCAGUAGAGUGGAUGAAGAGUCAGCCUCUGAACAGGGAGAGCUGAGGGGAGAAUCCAUGGCAUCUCACCACUUUCCGACAUGAGAAAAGCUCUCAGCCACCGAGGAGUAGUGAUAAUACUUUGUGUACUUGUCGAGUGGAGUUCUGGAGGAAUAACAACUGUCAUAUGCUCGGGCCGCGUCUGGGUGGAGCCGGCGCCGGUCUUUGAGAUGGGAUUGAACGUCUCCAUCCUUUGCCAGUCAGCUCUACAGAACUGCCAGCCGAGGAAAUUUCAUCUCUAUAAAAGUAGUAAAGGCAUCCAGGACAAGCUUCGGAUGGCGAAACUCAACCAGACUACGGCUCGGCUGCAGCUUAGCGACUUCCGAGAGCCGAGAGCCCACGUAAUCUGCAGGGUGGAGUGUCCCCGGCAAGAAGGAGAGAGGUUGAUCUGCGGAGAAGACAUGGCUUCUGGCUAUCCUCCAGGUGUUCCCUCCAAUUUAACGUGUCUCAUUUAUGAGCAUUCUGGCAGCAUGACGUGUACUUGGGAUACAGGGACGCCCACCUACCUCGACACCAAAUAUGCCGUGCAUGUGAAGAGCUUGCAGACAGGAGAAGAACAACUCUAUCUUACUUCAGGGUAUGUCAACAUUUCGACCAACACACUACGCAGUGGCAAAAUGUAUUCCGUUUGGGUGCAAGCUGCAAAUGCUCUAGGCAAGGCGGAGUCGGAUCACCUGCAACUUCACCUUGAUGACAUAGUGAUUCCUGCUCUCCCAGUUAUUACAAGAGCUGAGGAUUUAAAUACAUCAGUGUCCACAACCAUCAUUCACUGGAAAAUCCAAACAUCAAUGGAUGGAGUUUUCUGUGAGAUGAGAUACAAGGCAGCCACGAGGCCAUCUUGGAAUGUCAAAGAACUGGAAACCACUUCGACGUCAAUGCAACAUAUACAGUACAAUCUGGAACCCAGCACCAAGUAUGCGUUUCAAGCCCGAUGUAGACAGCCUGGGAGGAGGUACAGGCAGGAGUGGAGCAUGCCCUUUUUCCACACAACCCCAGAAGCAGUUCCUCAGGUCUCUUUGAAAUCCUUCCAAGGCGAAGCUCACCAUGUUGUACCUCUGAGUGCUUCCAUCUUUAAAGACCAUUUGACUUCCGGCAAUAGAAAUCCCACCGCCGGACUUUUGUCUGCAAUGCUCUUCUGUGUCACUGUGGUGUCUGCACUUUUCUUGACUGUGAUAUUUAAGCAGUCACUUAGAGUCAGAAUUAAAAGGCGACUCCUCUUGCUCCUACCAAAUUGGCUUCAUGAAGACGUCCCCAAUGUGAGGAAUAGUUGUGCUAUAAAAACCUUACAGGAAAUAAGUGAAUUUAUCAUGAAUAAUUCCAGCGAGUCAUCCCUUGACCCAGAUCCAGUAAUCACGGAGAUAGAGGAAACCUAUCUCCAGAAAGAAUUCCAACCCAUACACUCUAAAAUGGAAACCACAACAGAGCCCGCGGCGACUGGGGAGGACCCGCACACCUCACCGCUUGUGGAUGUGACCGUCGCUUAUCUCCCUGACCCCAGCACUGGCUACAAACCACAGAUCUCCAGUUUGCUCCCUGGGGCGCACCCUACCCACAAGAUCAGUGACCCGAGAGUCUCAGCCUUUGAAUCCCAAGUCAAUCCUUUGGGUCUGGGCAAGAAUGUGGUGAUCAGAAACUGUCCGAGCCCAGUUUUCUCCAGCACCAGCACCAAUGUUGGGAGGGACCUUUUCUCCCUGAAAGAAAGAGGCCUCAUCUUUGACCCCAGUGAGAGUGGGUCAGUGGAAGGGCCAGAGGAGACUGAAAUGGAGGCCUUGAUGACCUUGGAAAAGCAACCGUCCAGGGAAAGUCUUCCAGAGCAGACCCUGCUACCCGAUGAUCUGGUCUCCUGUUUGAGGGCCAGGGGGGAGGAGGAGUCCCCAGAUGUCCGCCCUUAUUUUCCACAGAGGUUUGGAGGGCUGUUUCCAUAGGAUUUUCCCCUUUCAGUAGGAAAGGUUUUGUCUCACUUGGAGCCAGCCACCCCAAGCGGAUUCUAUUGACGUUAUUGGCUGAAGCCCGGCCUUUUUCUUGAUGCUCAUGGUCAUUAGGAGCAAAGAUGUCAGUCAGGGAGGCACCAGGUCCUUUCCUUUCUGAGCCACAGUCUUCUUUACAUUGAGAACAGCUCCUUCCCAAUGUAGGAUACCAGCUGAAAACAAGGAGAAGGGUACCAUGCUGAUAACGCAGUUGGAUGCUGAUGGGGAUGCGGGGGUCUCACCAGUCCAGACCACUCCUUCCCAUGGAACACAACUCUCACUGGCAUCUCUCCACAGAAGACCUUCCCAAGGCUCUGGAUAUCAUCCUCGGACCCUUUUACUAUACUGUGGCCGUUAGUGAAAUGCUUGGGUUAAGCAUCUGUUAUCCCUGACCUUGCUAUGGGACUGGCCCAUUCCACAUCCCUUUCUGAACCCACAUGUCCCGAUAGCUUUUGCACCACUUCUCAGAUGCCUCUGGUAACUUAUACACAAUGGGCAUAUUUUCCCUUUGGGUCACCUGUAAGAGAUAAUCUUCUGGGUCACCUGAACCUUCUGAGAUCAUCACGUUCCACAGUUCAGAGAUGGUUCCAAAGGCAUUCUCCAACCUGGGUGUCAAAAAGAUGAGGAGCUCUGGGUCAUUGAAAAUCCUGCACAGUUUCUUAAAGGUGAUCUAUCCAUUUCAACCUCUUUCUCUGUUUCCAUUUUGGGCCCAGCUCAUCAUCCAUAUGUAGCAUCUCCCUCAAGAUGUUGGUACUAAUGGACCAACCCAAUGGUUUGUCUACCUGGCUGUAUGUCGUCAUCAUCAUCAUCGUCAUCAUCUUUAUCAUCAUCAUCAUCAUCAUCAUUGUCAUGAUCAUUGUCAUCAU